UAUUUAUUACACGGUAAAUGAAGCGCUUACAGCCAAGAAAAAAUGUACAUUUGACUAUCCCGUAACAUAAUUUAUUAAAAAGUGCGGCUCCUGCUGACGCAAGCUGUUGGAGCAUCUAGAUCUUAGACAGCUAAAAGAAGUUUCCUCUCUUACUCACUCUCUCUCUCUCCAAGUGAGGAGAGCAAUUUGCGGAAACCAAAACCCAGACAUGAAUUGGGGGAAACAAAACUUAACAACCACCAAAAGCCACGCGAAUUCAGCAUGAAAUUCAAUUUCAAACUACAUCACUCUCUCUUCUUAAUUAUCAUAAUCUCACUUUUGUCCAUAUUAUCCCUCGCUAAACCCCUCAAUGAAUCUCACAUUACAAGAAGAAUCCUCCACCAACCACUUUUCCCCGCCGCUUCAGCGCCACCACCCGCGCCUGCUCAAUUGCCACCGCCGGUGGACACUCCACCUACUCCGGACACCAGCAUUCCAUUCUUCCAUGAGUAUCCGGCUGGACCACCACCGGAUCAGACGCAAUCAGCGCCAUCAACAUCUUCCAACACCACCAUCGCCAACCCGACGGCCACGCAGCCGACCAAGGGGACAAAGAAGGUGGCAAUUGCCAUCUCCGUCGGAAUUGUGACGCUUGGGAUGCUCUCGGCGCUGGCGUUCUUCGUGUACAAGCACAGGGCCAAGCACCAUGUGGAGACACAGAAGCUCGUCGGUGGAAACUCGCAGAGGAACUUGGAUGAUUCGAGAGCGCCACCGCCAUCGAGCUUUCUCUACAUUGGGACCGUGGAGCCCACGCGCACUCGGUACCGUCCGAGCCCCGAGCUGCAGCCAUUGCCGCCUCUCAGUAAGCCUCCCGACGGGAAUUUCCCGCCGGCAGUGUCACCGUCUUCGUCGUCCGACGAAGAGAGCCACGACACGGUGUUUCACUCGCCGCAGAACUCGUCGGUUAGAGAUGACGACGGGUACUAUACGCCAGUUUCGCGACAGAGUUAUCUGUCCAACGGUAACCCCGCGGCCGUGGCGCCGGCGGUGAGGAAGGAAGCCAAUUCUUCGACGCCGACUCCGGUUCCGUUCUCGAAGAGGACUUCGCCAAAGUCGCGAUUGUCUGGUCCGUCGCCGGAUGUAAGACACGUCAUCAUACCGCCUAUGAAGAAGGCUCCGCCGCCACCGGUAAAGGAUGAGGAAGAGCAUGUGGCUUUGGGACAUUCUAGAAAGCCAAAGUUCUCAGCUCCUCCCCCAGCACCGAAUUUGACGCAUCUUCAGUCAACACUCACAAACACACCCCCGCACGUGAUUGGGAACCCACUUAAUCAUCGGCCACCACCCCCACCACCACCACCUCCUCCUCCACCACCGCGCAAAACAGGGUCUCCGGGAGUAAGUGUUUCCUCAUCUUCUGUAUCGAGAAAGCAACAGUCUCGUUCUCCAACUGAAGGGAAUCGCGAGGCUUCUAUUUCUGGUGUUAGGGUGAGUAAAAGUUCAGAGCAAAAUGGAAAUGGAAACGGAGACGGUCAUGAAGCCAAUGAAACGGAUGGAGUAAAACCCAAGUUAAAAGCUUUGCAUUGGGAUAAGGUCCGUGCUUCCUCAGAUCGUGUUACUGUGUGGGACCAGUUAAAAUCCAGUUCCUUCCAAUUGAAUGAGGACAUGAUGGAGUCUUUAUUUGGCUGUAAUGCCACUAACUCUGCCCCUAAAGAACCUCCUAAGAAAACGGUUCUGCCUUCAAUUGAUCAUGAGAACAGGGUGCUUGACCCCAAGAAGUCUCAGAACAUAGCUAUACUACUCAGGGCACUAAAUGUCACCAGGGAUGAGGUUUCCGAAGCUCUUUUAGAUGGGAAUCCUGAAGCUUUGGGUGCUGAGCUAUUGGAAACACUAGUAAAGAUGGCUCCUACUAAAGAGGAAGAGAUAAAACUCAAAAACUACAAUGGUGACCUCUCAAAACUUGGGUCAGCGGAAAGGUUUCUUAAAGCUGUGCUUGAUAUCCCUUUUGCUUUCAAGAGGGUUGAAGCUAUGCUAUAUAGGGCUAACUUUGAUUCAGAAGUCAACUAUCUCGGGAAGUCUUUUCAAACCCUGGAGGCAGCAAGUGAGGAAUUAAGGAACAGCCGGUUAUUCCUCAAACUCCUUGAAGCUGUUCUCAGAACAGGAAACAGAAUGAAUGUCGGCACCAAUAGAGGCGAUGCCAAAGCUUUCAAACUUGAGACACUCUUAAAACUUGUAGAUAUAAAGGGAACAGAUGGAAAGACCACAUUGCUUCACUUUGUGGUCCAGGAGAUUAUUAGAUCUGAAGAUGGAGGCGGGGAAUCCGCGAAUGGUAGUGUCACAGUAGGAAUAGAUUCAGAUGUCUUAAGCAGCUAUGUUUCGAAGCUCGAAACAGGGCUUGAUAAAGUGCGACUGGUAUUGAAAUAUGAGAAGCCAGAUACGCAGGGGAAUUUCUUCAACUCCACAAAGCAAUUUCUGAAAUAUGCUGAAGAAGAAAUCACGAGGAUUAAAGCUGAUGAGAAGAAGGCCUUGUUCCUUGUGAAAGAAGUAACAGAAUACUUCCAUGGGGAUGCAGCAAAAGAAGAAGCCCACCCUUUCAGAAUCUUUAUGAUUGUAAGAGACUUCCUAAAUAUUCUGGAUUUGGUCUGCAAGGAAGUGGGAAGGAUGCAUGAUAGAAUUGUCGGCUCCGCGAGAUCAUUCCGCAUAGCCGCAAGUGCACCAUUACCUGUUCUCAACAGGUACAGUGCAAAGCAGGAUACAAGCUCGGACGAGGAAAGCUCAUCCCUCUAGUAUUGUGAAUACAAAAAGAAAGUAACAGGGAACAUAAAUGAAUGAUUUUGGGAAUAUUUUAGUUGAAAACCAUUUUUACAAUGGCAAAAGGAUUUUACUAGUAAAUCGAGAAGUAUAACCAUAUCUUAGAUUUGAACACAAAAUCCUUAGCAACACAGUUGGGAUAACGAUGGGUUGGCAGAGUUUCAACGCCACCUGAAAGCUUAGAUGAAAAUUUUCAAAUGGGAGGUGCAAAGGGAAAGGGGGAUGCAUUGUUUUGUUUCUUUCAACUAUGCAGAAGUAUGCUAUAGUCGAAAUAGGUUACGUUAGAUUAAUGAGUUCCACACUUGCUCAUAUUGUAGAAUGUUUUCAUUUCACCCAAGAGGCCUCUUAUAUGUAUUUUUUGAAUCAAUUAUUAAUAAUAAUGAAUAUCAGUUUAUUUAUC